AUGACAUCACAAUCACUUGUCAAGAUAAAGGAUCUCCGCCUCUUCACACCACAAUUAAGUGACAGGAUCCAUCAGUAUUUACUAAUUGUUAUUGUUUUGGUGGCUGUGACCCUAGCCGUGCCCAUUACAGCAGGUCUUUCAAUCUGCUGUAUUCGAUGUAACGAUCGCAGAAAGGCUGCACGCAAAGCUGCUGCAGUUAAACUACCCAAGAAAACCUUUAACCAGCAAAGACAUUUGAUUGUCCACCCACAUUUGGCUGCUGCUUGGUCUGAUGCUCCAGUUGUGAGGGGAUCUGCACCAAAUCGAGCAAGGCCUCCUCCACCAGUUCGACAAAAACGUGCAGUGCCCUCUAGUGAUAAAUAUGCGAAAGGACGGAAAAGUUCUGUCUUAUCAACAAGGCUCCAAAAAGUUACUGAUGUCAUUUAUCAGGAAAUUGAUGAUGUUGAUGGAAAUGACCAAAGGCAGUUUAUGAUUGCCGAUUCUCAAAGACAAUUGAUUACAACUCACACUGACAGUGAAGACGCUUGGAGUGAUGGAGAUAUACGAGGAACCAGGCAGCCACCAGUUGUCACAAAUGCAGAUUAUGUUGAACCUCGUCAGACAAAUGAAAAUCAAACCCAGAACAGAUACAUGGAACCUGUACAGCAGAAGUUCUUUUUCCCUGAAGAUAAGAUUAUUAGUUCAAGGAGAUUUAAUAGACCAAAUAUUGCUCAUGUUCCUGAUUGUAGCCAGUGGCUUGAUGCCAGUCCUUCGACAGUGGACAGUGGCAUUUCUGAUAUGCAAUGA